GCCCUCCUAUUCGUGUGCCUAACAAAGAUAUCAUUUACGUCUAAAGUUGUUUAUUUAAACGACCAUAUUUGCUGUUCAGAAUUUUUGAGGCAAUUGAAUCAUCUACAAGAACUUAUAGAUCCAGAGAUCUUAAAACCUUGAACACAGACCCGGGAUGGAUACUUCUGCUUCUCCUGUGUAGGGCAUUAUAUACCAAACUGUUCAGUGGAGAAGUCGCCUAAUGCUGGAGCUGACGUACGAAGACCUGUUGCAGAUUAGGUCUGCCUAUCAUGAUGCAGUUUGAAAGAUUUUUUCUGAUACCCUUACCAUUCUUUCAGAUCCAGGAUCUUCGCCUAUUGGGAAACCACGAGAAAUAGGACGUCGAUGUUUUCCCUUCUAAAAUAAAGAUCGUCAACGACUCUGGUCACUUAAAACCUACACUAUCAUGGCUAUCAUCAGCUUCUUUGUAUUUGUUUUUAUUUUGGCAUUUGCCCAUGCGCAGGAAGUUCCUAUUCCUCCGCGCACCCUGGGGUAUGUAUACGCCUAUGGAACAGGAACUAACCUCACUGCUGUGACAAUCGACGCCUUCUUUGAUCCGCUGUGUCCCGACAGUAAGCAAGCUUUUCCUACGCUGUUACAGGUGGCUAAUCACUACGGACCGGAUGUUCUUACGCUCCGUCUUCAUAUGUUCCCAUUGCCUUACCACAGGAAUUCAUUUCUUGUAUCAAUGGGAACAGAGGUAAUUAACCAGAUGUCGACCUCUACCAAUGGUGUGUACGACUGGGCUAAGCGUGUGUACGAUAACAUCUACUCACUCUCCAACCCGGCAACUCACACGCGAUCAGAGGCGGACGUUACCAACAUGCUUGGCGAUAUAGCCGCCCAGAUGGGUCUACAGAAAACUACCUUUCUUCAGAAGAUAGCUGACCCCUGGGUGGACAUGCACGUCCGUAUGGACUGGAAAUACGCAUGCACGCGUGGAGUAUCCGGCACACCGCUGUACGCCAUCAAUAACGUCGUGAAGCUCAUUGACAAAGCUUGGAAUUUGCAUGAUUGGAUGAAAAUCAUUGAUCCGCUCGUUCAGAAUUCUUACAUUUUCCAUGUUCCGACGUGAUACACAUCGGCUAGAGUAAUUCCACGGAAUGAACACAGGACUCAGACAUGUGAUGUGAUAUUUCUCUUUAUUAUUUCAAUAAAAACAGCAUAAAUGUUAAAAUUGUGUUGCUGUUUUU